CUCCAGGCUUGCUGGUUACUGCAGUGACUGUACGAGGACUUACGUGUUCGCUCCUUAGCCCUUCUCUCUACAGUUCCAGAGUUCCCGAACCGUCGAUUUCCAGGGAAGAGUGGUUGUGGACAACGUAAUUCCUGAGUUUUAUGAACUCUCUAUAAAUUUAUUUUUUCUGUAACUUCUCCGAAUUCUUUGUUCUUGCAUCCAGAUACUCUCUGUAAUUUCCUCAAUCAACUGCGAAUCCAUCCUGGACACCAGAACAGUUUAAAGCUCAUCAACUAGAGCGUCAGAUCGAUUCGUUUUCCUCUCUCUCUUUCUCCCUAACAGGAUUAGAACGGUCAGAUAAACCCUCAUCCUCCACUUUCACUUUUGCCUACACAUCUUGGCAUGGGAGUUGUGACUGUUUCCAGUUCAGCUUCUCGCACAACACUAGGCCUGAGCGCAAGUUUCUCAACCCACAGGACGCAAUCAAAUAGACCAUUGUUCUUGGCCUUCAAAACUGAUAAAACAAAGAACACAGCUUUGGUUGCACCACAGGAAUCCAUCCCAAUUCCCAUUGACACUCCGGGAAAGCAACAGAAGAGACGAAGAAGAAGCAACAAGCCUCCAAAGAGAGUAAAAGCUGUGUCUACUGACGAAGCUUCUCUUUGUACCAUAGACUUGGAUUACAAUGAAGCCGCGGCCAAACUUGAAAAUAUAUACAAGCUUACCGCCCCUGCCAGUGUUUCUGAUGUAGAAGAUAUUGAUCAUGUGGUUCGGAGGCAUCGUCAAACAAGGAAGAAGCUGGGAGAAGGUGAUAAGAAAGAUGGCAAGGAAUCAAAUAGUUAUGUGGUGAGGAACACUAAAAAGAAGGAGAAGCGGUUGAGUCUUGAUAAGAGGAUCACAUUGAGAAGAAAGAAGGAGGAAGAGUUAGUUCCUUUGAGCCAGGCAAAGAAAGAUACUAAGGACAAGAUUGGAGAUGUUGAGAAACUUGUUAGGGAGUAUUCUAUCUCCACUGAUUUCGUAAGCUUGGAUUGGAAGAAGAUGAAGAUACCACCAGUUCUUCCUUCUUCUGAGCAUGCUUGUCUGUUCAAGUUUAUGCAACCUAUGAAGGCACUCCUUCAAUUGAAGGAGAGCAUCCAUGGAGAUUUGGGAAGAGAAUCUACUGAUGCUGAAUUAGCUGAGGCAACGAAUAUGACUGUAGCUAAAAUGAGAAGAUGCAUUGAAGUCGGUCAAGCAGCCCGAAGCAAGCUCAUCAAGCACAAUCUGCGCCUCGUUCUAUUUGUAAUUAACAAGUACUUUCAAGAGAUAGCCGAUGGGCCGAAAUUUCAAGACCUCUGUCAAGCAGGAGUGAAGGGUCUCAUCACUGCCAUUGAUCGCUUUGAACCGAAAAGGAGGUUUAGAUUAUCCACAUAUGCACUGUUCUGGAUCAGGCAUGCUAUCAUCCGUUCCAUGACCAUGUCAAGCUUCACACGUGUUCCUUUUGGACUUGAAUCGAUUCGACUAGAGAUUCAACGGGCCAAACUAGAAUUGUUGUUUGAGCACGAGAGGCUUCCAACAGAUGAAGAGGUAAUAAAGAAAGUAGGAAUCUCACCUGAGCGAUAUUAUGAAGUCAUGAAGGCUUCAAAACCCAUCUACUCUCUCCAUGCAAGGCAUGUUACCACACAAGAAGAGUUCAUCAAUCGCAUUACUGAUAUUGAUGGGGUGGGAGGUGAUAAACGGAGGCAACCUGCUCUUCUCAGGCUUGCUAUUGAUGAUGUGCUUGAUUCUCUCAAGCCCAAGGAGAGCUUGGUGAUCAGGCAGAGAUAUGGUCUUGAUGGGAAAGGUGAUAGGACACUGGGAGAGAUAGCAGGGAACCUGAAUAUUUCAAGAGAGAUGGUCCGGAAGCAUGAAGUAAAAGCUCUUAUGAAGCUGAAGCACCCAGCUCGAAUGGACUAUCUUCGCAGAUAUAUUUACUGAGAGUGACUGGAAACUAAGAUUUUCCCUCUUUAAAGCAUCGAACUGCAUUACAUUUUGCGUAUCCUUGAUGUUCUCUGCCCCAUUCAGUUCCCAGUUCAUCUCUCUUCUCCAUUGUAUAAUUCCUGUAUACCGAAGAUUCUGUAUCAUAGUCCCAUUCUCACAUUUACUACAUGAACAAAUAGAUCUGAUACCAUAUAAUAUAUA